AUGGCACCAGUCAUUUCUCACAUCGACAUACCUGACCUCCAGUUCUCGUCGCUUGAACUCGAUUCUCGCUCCUCCAAAGCCGAUGUGGCUCUACCAGCAACUCCUCUCACCAAACGCAGCUUUCUGUUCUCCGACUCAAUUCCAAACCCACUCAUCCCCCGGAACGACGAUGCCUCACCAAUCCUUUCUCCAAUGGACACCUUCAAUAUCCUCACAGCCAGAGAUGCGAAGUCCACCAGCGACCCGGACCCUGGAGCAGGUUCGAUCGACCCUACCAAAAUCAACAUGAAAGGUAUCCAGGCGCUCUUCGCUAUUAUCGGGGCUGCGUUUGUUCUUGGAGCUAUUUGGUUCUUCUUCUGGGCGAAGAAUGGUGGCUUCCAGUGGCGGAAAGGCGAUUGGGAGGAUUACAAGUCGACCGUCUUGCGGCGGAAGGGUCCUAACGGAACCACACUGAGCAAUGCUACCAAGAGUACUAUCCUCGGUGGUGGAAGUGUGGUAGGAGAUGGCUACUCCGACAAGGACGCUGCCACUACGGUCGACGGCAAUAUGACCGAGACCAUGACCGACUUGUCCUCAGAAGCACCUAUCAUUAAGGAGAAGCGCGGCACCAACAAAUUGAACAAAUUGAAGAAUGAAACCUCCAAAGCGCGAAAGAUCCGGGAAGCCAAGGAGGCGCAGUGGGAAGGCGCUCACGAUAACGACGUCCGCGCAUACCGUCACGAGAAAGCCGCACGGGUCGGUGGCAUCAACAAGGACUCGGACGCUUUGUUCUACGGAACCGACUAUAGCGCAACAGAACGCAGCUGCAGUGACAUGGGCAGCAUCCCUCAAGGAUCCGCCUAUGGGUAUGAAGCUGGGCCUCGCCAAUCCUCCAGGCAAUCGAGCCCCGACAAGCGUCAAACCCGCCGUGAUUUCUCCUACUCUCAAGAGAACGCGUUCAAUGUCUCAUCACCACCUCAGGCUGCUACCGCGCCCCAAGGUCCCCGUCCAAAUCGAUACCAUCCUCCCAACAAGAAUCCUAAUCCUCAGCGCCCGAUCCGAAAUGUGCCCGGUUCCUUCACCGAGCCGCUGGAUUUUGAUGUCCAGAGCCAGAAUACGAAGGCAUACCAUCAUCCACUGCCGAGAUUGAACGGCCAGGCAAAGUCUGGUGGCUACAGACGUGACAGACGUGACAGUCUUGAUGACUGA